UAUUUUUUGCUUCAUAUGGAAAAUCAAAUUAAUGCUAAAAAUGGAUCAGGCCAAGACGUCAAAAGGGAGCCAGAGCCUUCGUCAAUAAAGGACAACGAGAAUACUCCUUUGCGUGACGAAAAAAUGAGCUCGCCCGACCCCAAAAUUGUGAAUCUCUCUGACUCUGAAUGGGAUAGCGAUGAUAAGAACCCGGCAUCAGCUCCAGAUCCAUUCUCAUCCCGAUCAGCUAAUUUUAUGCGGAUCAAAGAAAGCCCAACGUUUGAUGAUCAACAAGCAACACCUCCGAGAUUUUCAAACACGGCUGACGAGGAGGACAAUCUAGACAAUAUGUUAGAUUCGUUGAUGCCGGAGCUUGAUGCAGUUCCAGAACGACCCAUAACUCCAUCAUUUAAUCUUAAAAGAAUGGAAAGAAGCCCAAGAUUUGAUGAUCCAUCAACACCUCAGAGAACUUCAAACGCUGCUGACAAUGAGGAGGACAAUCUUCAAUCUUUGUCAAAUGUUGACAAUAUGUUAGAACUUUUAACAGAAUCGUUGCCUCCGGAGCUUGAUGCAGCUCCAGAACCACCCUCACCCCCAUCAAUUAAUCUUAACAGUAUCAAAAGAAGCCCAAGAUUUGAUGAUCCAUCAACACAACAGACUUCAAACGCUCUUGACGAUAAGGAGAAAAUUCAUGAAUCUCAGUCAAAUGUUGACAAUAUCUUAGAGUCGUUGCCGCCGGAGCUUGAUGCAGCUCCAGAACCACCCUCACCUCCAUCAAUUAAUCUUAACAGGAUCAAGAGAAGCCCAAGAUUUGAUGAUCCAUCAACACCACAAACGACUUCAAACGCUUCUGACGAUAAGGAGGAUAAUCUUGAAUCUCAGUUAAAUGUUGACAAUAUCUUAGAGUCGUUGCCGCCGAAGCUUGAUGCUGCUCCAGAACCACCCUCACCCCCUUCAAUUAGUCUUAACAGGAUCAAAAGAAGCCCAAGAUUCGAUGAUCCAUCAUCACAUUCUGGAAUUUCGAUCACUCACCAUGAGCAUAACCAUUUUGAAUCUCACCCAAAUGAUAACAUGAUGUCGGACGCGCCAGAAAAUCAUUUAAAUGAUGAGCUUGAAGUGAAAUUAAAAAAAGAGGAACUAGAGGAUUUACACUUGGAUUUCCUUGAUUCACUUUCGGAAGCGGACCUCGGAAAUGUCGACACAGUGAAGCAAGAACCGUCGACAAAUGAAAUUGAUGAAGAGUUGCGAACACUUAUGGAAGCGCAUAACCAACUAAAGGAAAAAUUGGAACGUAAACAACAUGAGAAAUCAAAGAAAAAGAAACACAAGAAGGAGAAAAAACGGAAGCGGGAACGCAGUCAAAGCGGAAGUCCUUCUCGUAGUCAGAGUACAGAACGUAGCCAUAAGCAAAGGCGCAGUAAUGAAAUUUCCAGCAUUUCUGCUUCAAGGAUCACAGUGAAAGCAGAAGCCGGUGUCCUCGACUAUUUGCCAGUUCAAGAUUGUGAGAAAAGCAUUAAGAUUAUCAAUUUAAACAAAUUAAUGCCAAGUGCAACUGGCGCAGGAGCUUCUCCUCCACCAACAUUGACUAUCAUGGAAAAGCGCAAGUUGGCUGUUGAACGCGUGAAAGCUGUACUUCAUUCAAUUCGUCUCAAGUCAUCAAAUGCACCGGAGUCUGAGUUCCUUGUGGUUGACACUGUUCGAAAGUUGCCCAGCUCGGAAUUAUUGAUGAGCAGUGCCAUCUAUGAGAACCCGUCACCGUUGAGCAACAACUUCAAUGUCACUUAUAAGUUUAACUCAACUACAAAAUCAAACAUAGAUCUAUCCAAAUGGGGAUUGGAGGCCAUGCCAGCUGUAACAGCUAAAUUGUUGCGCAUCACCGGCAUUGAUGUAACACGUUUGAUGGAACUGAAGGAGAAUUCACAGAUGUCCUUACACAAAAUAAGACUGCAGCAAGAGGCGGAGAAGGCGGCCAUCAAGACAGAGGAUGAAUGCAUCUCCACAGGACUAUUUAGAAGUCUGUCGACUCAAACAGACGGACGUUUAGUCAACUGUACAAAGGAUGUUGCUGUCCAAACAAAGCCGACAUCUCAGCAAGGCAUCUUCUGGUUGGACUCUCAAUUCUCCGAAUCCGACUUGUCGCAACAACAUGCCAAUGUUAUGUAUGCAUUGAAGGAACUCUGCGCAACAAAGCCCAGCUCUGUAUACUGGGCCGAUGCUAUAUUUAAUGCUCUUCAUAAUGCUCUAAAAAUCAAGCGCGAAGAAGUUAAGCAACUAACAAAGAAAAAAACAUAUUAUUAAAUUAAGUAACUUGCAAAAAA